AUGGCUAGCCAAAUAUCUGUGGGCGCCUUGAGUGCUAUGUUUGACAGCACGAAACUGCAUGUGCCCCAACCAAUACUGCAGUGUCUGCGGAUCAAGCCAGUUGUUGUGCGGGAACAAGAUCGCUACGGUGUGGUCUUCAGUGAUGUGAACCACUUUGUUCGAACAAUGCUUCCUACCCAGUUGAACAGCUAUGUGACGGACGGGAUACUUCGACGUGGCUCCUUUGUGCGACUGACCAAUUUCCAGGUCAGCGUUGUGAAAGGCAAACAUCUUCUCAUAAUCAUGGGCCUCGAAGUCCUCAGUGCUCUGGGCGAAGCGGAAAGAAUUGGAGAUCCGAAACCUUUAGAACCAAAGUCCGGAGAUGAGAUGGGAGGGCAAUCAACCACUCUUUCCAGUAACGAAUUCUAUAACGCACCACAGCCGCACAAUCCUCCACAACACUUUCAAAAUAUUCAGCGGUCUCGGCCAUCUGGCAUGACCUCCAAUGCAAACAUAUUCUCUAUUGAGGCCUUGUCCCCGUUUGCUAACAAUAAGUGGACUAUCAAAGCACGUUGUACGCACAAAUCUAACAUCAAGACAUGGAAAAACACUUUUGGAGAAGGAAAGCUUUUCAGCGUCAAUCUGCUGGAUGACAGUGGUGAAAUCAGGGCUACUGCCUUCAAAGAUCAGUGUGAUUUACUCUACCCUAUCUUCGAAGAAGGAGCUGUUUACUAUAUCUCGAGCCCUUGCACAGUCAAGAUGGCAAAGAAAGAAUUUAGUAACGUGAACAACGACUAUGAACUCACUUUCGAUAGAGACACAGUUGUUGAAAAGGCCGAAGAUCAAAAUGAUGUUCCACAGAUUCGCUUCAAUUUUACUAGCCUAGGAGAUUUGCAAUCAAUUGACAAGGGAACGACAAUUGACGUACUAGGAAUAUUGAAAGACGUUGAUGCCACUUCUCAAGUGACUUCUAAAACUACGGGGAAGCCAUAUGACAAGCGAGAGCUUACGCUUGUUGAUAAUUCUGGAUUUUCUGUCCGUCUUACCGUAUGGGGAAAUACAGCCACUAACUUUGACACUCCCCCCGAGUCCGUUGUUGCAUUUAAAGGUGUUAAAGUAUCUGAUUUCGGAGGCCGCACAUUGAGUCUACUGAGCUCCGGCACAGUAACAGUUGACCCUGACAUUGAAGAAGCACAUAGACUGAAGGGCUGGUAUGAUGCCCAAGGAAAGUCAAAUUCCUUUACCGCCUAUUCCUCCGGAGCUACUGGAGGCGGCGGUGGCUCGUGGCCUACUUUCAAAACUAUCUCUGAAAUUCGAGACGAAGAAAUUCCAAGCGCAGAUAGCUUUGAAAGCUUCUCGCUAAAGGCCACUGUGAUCCACGUAAAGGACAACUUGUGCUACCCUGCCUGCCCGAAUGAAGCAUGCAAGAAUAAGAAGGUGACUAGAGGCGACUUGGACCAGUGGCACUGUGAGCGAUGCGAAAGGUCGUACGCCAAUCCCAAGUAUCGCUACAUACUUUCACUCAACGCCUGUGACCAUACUGGCCAAAUCUGGUUGAGCUGUUUCGAUGAAGCCGGCCAGAUGAUAUUUGGCAUGACUGCAGAUGAGCUGAUGAAAAUCAAGGAGGAAGAUGAUGCAGCUGCAAAUGAAAUAACCAAAGGCGCAACCUACUGCACAUGGAACUUCAAGUGCCGGGCAAAGCUGGAUACCUAUCAAGAGCAACAACGAACCCGGUAUAAUGUUUAUGCGGCUACACCCAUUGACUAUGCUACAGAGGCCGACCAACUAUCCAAGUUGAUCGCAUCGUACAGUAUCUAA